GGAUUAGUUGGUUUCGGGGCCCGGGAGGAGGGACACCCGGCUGUCGCGAGCGCAGAGACAAAGCGUUGUCCGGGGGCCCGGCUCGGGGAGAGGACCCGGGCUCGGUGGCGCACCGGCCGGCUGAGCGGCCUCGCGCGCUGCCGCCUCCCUCGCAACAGGUCGGCCGCGCGGCCUCGUCCUCGCCCCGCUUCCUCGGGCCCGCGCCCCCCGGGCCAAGUCGGCUGGGCCAGGCCGCGGCCGGCCUCUCGCUUCCAUGCGGUUUGGGUCCACAAUGAUGCCUAUGUUUCUGACCGUGUACCUCAGUAACAACGAGCAGCACUUCACAGAAGUUCCUGUUACCCCAGAGACAAUAUGCAGAGAUGUUGUGGAUCUCUGCAAAGAGCCUGGAGAGAGUGACUGCCAUCUGGCUGAAGUAUGGUGUGGCUCUGAACGCCCGGUUGCUAAUAAUGAGCGAAUGUUUGAUGUUCUUCAAAGAUUUGGAAAUCAGAGGAAUGAAGUUCGUUUCUUCCUUCGUCAUGAACGCCCCCCUAGCAGAGACAUUGCAAGUGGACCAAGACCUCAGGAUCCAAGUCUGAAAAGAAAUGGCGUAAAAGUUCCUGGUGAACAUGGAAGAAAGGAGAAUGGCGUUAAUAGUCCUAGGAUGGAUUUGACACUUGCUGAACUUCAGGAAAUGGCAUCUCGCCAGCAGCAACAGAUUGAGGCCCAGCAACAAAUGCUGGCUACUAAGGAGCAGCGUUUGAAAUUCUUAAAGCAGCAAGAUCAGCGUCAACAGCAGCAAGCUGCUGAGCAGGAGAAGCUGAAGCGGCUCAAAGAAAUAGCUGAGAAUCAGGAGGCCAAGCUUAAAAAAGUGAGAGCACUCAAGGGCCAUGUGGAACAGAAGAGGCUGAGCAAUGGGAAACUUGUGGAGGAAAUUGAACAGAUGAAUAGCUUGUUCCAGCAGAAACAGAGGGAGCUAGUUCUGGCCGUGUCGAAAGUAGAGGAACUUACAAGGCAGCUAGAGAUGCUCAAGAACGGCAGGAUUGAUGGCCAUCACGACAACCAGUCAGCCGUGGCUGAGCUUGAUCGCCUCUACAAGGAACUGCAGUUAAGAAACAAAUUGAACCAAGAACAGAAUGCCAAACUGCAACAACAGAGGGAGUGUUUGAAUAAGCGCAAUUCAGAAGUGGCAGUCAUGGACAAGCGUGUUAACGAGCUGAGGGACCGGCUGUGGAAGAAGAAGGCAGCACUGCAGCAAAAAGAAAAUCUCCCGGUUUCACCUGAUGGAAAUCUUCCCCAGCAAGCAGUGUCAGCCCCAAGUCGUGUGGCCGCGGUAGGCCCUUACAUUCAGUCAUCUACCAUGCCACGGAUGCCCUCUAGACCUGAGCUGCUGGUGAAGCCAGCCCUGCCUGAUGGGUCCUUGGUCAUGCAGUCAUCGGAAGGCUCAGUGAAGAUGCAGACGUUACCCAAUAUGAGGUCUGGGGCUGCUUUGCAAAAUAAAGGCUCUAAAACCCAUCCAGCUAGCCCUGAUUGGAGCCCUUCCAAUGCAGACCUCUUACCCAGCCAAGGCUCUUCUGUUCCUCAGAGUGCUGGGAAUGCCCUAGACCAAGUUGAUGAUGGGGACAUUCUGUUGAGGGAGAAAGAGAAGAAAGUGCGUCCCUUUUCCAUGUUUGACACAGUGGACCAGUGUGCUGCCCCACCCUCCUUUAGUACACUGAGGAAAAACCAGAGCAGUGAAGACAUCUUGCGGGAUGCUCAGGCUGCAAACAAAAAUGUGGCUAAAGUACCACCUCCUGUUCCUACAAAACCAAAACAGAUUAAUUUGCCUUAUUUUGGACAAACCACUCAGUCACCUUCUGACGUUAAGGCAGAUGGAAAUCUUCAGCAGUUGCCAACUGCCACUACAUCCACAGGAAAUAAGCUCAAGCCAGCAGGACAGCAGCCAAGGGUGCUGCUGUCUCCCAGCAUACCUUCAGGUGGCCAAGACCAAGUCCUUUCUCCAGGAUCUAAGCAAGAAAGUCCACCUGCUGCUGCAGUUCGACCCUUUACUCCCCAGCCUUCCAAGGACACCCUCCCUCCAUCUGGCUUCCGAAAACCCCAGACCGUGGCAGCCAGUUCAAUCUAUUCCAUGUACACCCAGCAUCAGGCUCCAGGAAAAAACUUCCAGCAGGCUGUGCAGAGUGCCUUGACCAAGACUCAUAUCCGAGGCCCUCACUUUUCCAGUGUGUAUGGCAAGCCUGUGAUUGCUGCUGCCCAGAACCCACAGCAGCAUCUGGAGAACAUCUACUCCAGGAGCCAGGGCAAGCCUGGCAGUCCUGACCCUGAAACAGAGCCUGUUUCUUCAGUUCAUGAGAGCCAUGAAAAUGAAAGAAUUCCCCGACCACUCAGCCCGACUAAGUUACUGCCAUUCUUAUCUCACCCUUACCGGAAUCAGAGUGAUGCUGACUUAGAAGCCCUACGAAAGAAACUGUCUAAUGCACCAAGGCCAUUAAAGAAACGCAGCUCCAUCACAGAGCCAGAGGGCCCUAAUGGGCCAAAUAUUCAGAAGCUUUUGUAUCAGAGGACUACUAUUGCUGCCAUGGAGACCAUCUCUGUCCCAUCCUACCCAUCUAAGUCAUCGAGCUCAGUGACUGCCAGCACAGAAAGCCCAAUAGAAAUCCCAAACCCAUAUUUACAUGUGGAGCCAGAGAAGGAGGUGGUCUCUGUGGUUCCUGAACCACUGACCCCAGAGGAUGUAGGGAGUGCCAGUACAGAGACCAGUGACACGCCAGCUCCUUCUGCAGGCCUCGAUUAUGUGCCUGAAGGAGCCCCAGAUAGCAGCCCAAACUUCCAGAAUGAUGCAGAAGAACCAAACCUAGAGGCUCCCCAUUUGCUUGAAGUGUACCUAGAAGAAUACCCCCCCUACCCACCCCCACCAUACCCAUCUGGGGAGCCAGAGGGGCCUGAAGAAGACUCUGUACGCAUGCGCCCACCAGAGAUCACCGGACAGGUGUCUCUGCCUCCUGGCAAAAGGACAAACUUGCGUAAAACUGGCUCAGAGCGGAUUGCUCAUGGAAUGCGGGUGAAAUUCAACCCUCUUGCAUUACUCCUGGAUUCAUCUUUGGAAGGAGAAUUUGACCUUGUACAGCGGAUUAUCUAUGAGGUUGAUGACCCAAGCCUGCCAAAUGACGAAGGCAUCACAGCCCUUCACAAUGCUGUGUGUGCAGGCCACACGGAAAUUGUGAAGUUCCUGGUACAGUUUGGUGUGAAUGUAAAUGCUGCUGAUAGUGAUGGAUGGACCCCAUUACACUGUGCUGCCUCAUGUAACAAUGUUCAGGUGUGUAAGUUUUUGGUGGAGUCGGGAGCGGCUGUGUUUGCUAUGACCUACAGCGACAUGCAGACUGCUGCAGACAAGUGUGAGGAGAUGGAGGAGGGCUACACUCAGUGCUCUCAGUUUCUCUAUGGAGUUCAGGAGAAGAUGGGCAUAAUGAACAAAGGCGUCAUUUAUGCACUGUGGGAUUACGAGCCUCAGAAUGAUGACGAGCUGCCUAUGAAAGAAGGAGACUGCAUGACCAUAAUCCGCAGGGAAGACGAAGACGAAAUUGAGUGGUGGUGGGCGCGCCUCAGUGAGAAGGAGGGCUACGUCCCACGAAACUUGCUGGGACUAUACCCAAGAAUUAAACCAAGACAGAGGAGCUUGGCGUGAAACUCUCCAGAAUUUUAGUUAAUGAAGAAUUAAUAACCUAGAAGAAACACUACGAUUGUUUUGGCACAAAUUUCACAAGACUUUAAUAAUACUGUACCUUGAAAGCAAUGAAGAAUGUGCUCUGGAGGAAAAUGAAGGAUUGAAGAAGUCACUGUUGGUGGAGAACACGUAGCAGGGGGAUUUGAGCUGUUAAGUCAGCAAACUGCGCUGUUCUGGCUGGAGUGCUCCAUGCAGCGCUAGAAAGAUGAGUAAUGCAGAUCCUGUUUUCUCCAAAAAACUGGGACCAUUUUCUGGGCUGUGGAGAGGCAGCUUCCUGCCCUUCUUAGUGUGUAUUUGGUACUGCCCUGUACCAGUCUCCUGCCAGCUAGGACCAGUGCCAUCUGGCACCAUCUCUGGUUGUCCCCAACACCAGCAGGCUUUCAAGCUCAUGGCUGAUGGUGCCAAACUCUUGUGUAUUGUCAGCAAAGAACUGCUAGCUGCUUCUCAGUGAGCAAUAACUUUAUUAUAUGAGUUUUUGUAGCAUUUUAAGAAUUAAAUGCAUAUAUUUGAAAUUCUGAAACUAAGCUAUACUACCUAAUCUAAAUUAGAUUUAGAAUCUCGUUUUUAGACUGAAUUUGAAUCUAUAUUUAUUGUCUUUUUGUAUCAUGGAAAUUAGAGAUUUGUUAUAGAUUUACCCAUAUUUGUCAAGAUAAUAACUGACAUUAAAAACAAUUGUAA